AUGCCUCCUAUCAAAGUUGAAGGUGCCGUUGGGUUCAUGCCAAAGAUGAGCAAAGAGCAGUUGAGAGGACACAGGAAGCCAAAGUCAGACGCCGAAGACCUCGCCCAUUGCAACCGCCUUCUCGCCCAUGCCCUUACCCAACCCCGCAUUCAAAAGCUCUUCAACGCUUUAACUAAGAAUUCCUGUCCUCUUACUCCGUCACGACAUAUUCGCUGCGUCCGCUGCACCCCGCAAGUCGCUGGAGGUUUUGGCCCCGCCAUAGGUAUCGCGCUCUGCGCCGACCGUCGCAUUCCGCCACGUCGCUUCAACGACGCUCUGGCACAUGAACUGAUCCACGCCUAUGACUACUGCACGCGCAACAUCGAUUUUGAGGAUCCCAAACAGCACGCAUGUGCGGAGAUAAGAGCGGCGAGCUUGAGUGGAGACUGUGAAUGGGACAGGGAAUGGGCGAGGAAGCGGUAUUUGGCGAUACCGUUCCGCAAAGGGGCAUUUGAAAGUUGUGUGAGAAGGAGAGCGGCGUUGGCGGUCAUGUAUAACAGGGAGGUUGGGGACGUCGGGAAGGCCUUUCAGGUGGUUAAAGAGAUGUACGACAUUUGCGUGCAGGAUGUGCAACCGUUCACGAAAGACGACUUGAUUCAGCUGGAUUGA